GCGUAAUGUUCGGCAAACAAAAUGCCGGCAGAUUGCAUUAUGUCAGCUCGUACGGUCCAACCGUCACUCAACUUGCAGUACUUACAACAACCACAACAACCGGUUCGAAAUCCCGUCACAAACAUACAGCGAUCAGUCGUGUUUUUACCUACAUAGCAUCACAACGGUCAACUGAGUCACAAGCUGAGUUGGAAAGUGCAGAUAGAGCUCCAGCAACGAUUGAAUGUGUAACAGUUCAAAAACCAUUUAAUCAUUCCUAAAAUGAGCAACGGAAAACAUCUGGCCAAAGGAUCCACCCCACCGGUAUUGGGAAAUGACGGGAAACUCCGCCUGUACUCGAUGCGCUUCUGUCCGUAUGCCCAACGGGUCCAUCUAAUUUUGGACGCGAAGAAUAUACCCUAUCACACUAUCUACAUCAACCUAAGCGAGAAACCGGAAUGGUACUUUGAUAAGAAUCCACUAGGAAAAGUCCCAGCCUUAGAAGUUCCCGGAAAGGAAAACAUCACCCUUUAUGAAUCCCUGGUUGUGGCCGACUAUAUCGAGGAAGCUUAUACGGACAAGCAAAGAAAGCUUUACCCAAGUGAUCCGUUUAAGAAGGCGCAAGACCGGAUUCUUAUUGAACGCUUCAACGGAGCAGUUAUUUCACCUUACUACCGAAUUCUGUUCUCUAGCGAAAGCAUCCCUCCAGGUGCAAUUACCGAGUUUGGAACCGGGUUAGAUAUUUUCGAGACAGAACUCAAAACCCGUGGCACUCCGUACUAUGGCGGUGACAAACCAGGAAUGUUGGAUUACAUGAUCUGGCCGUGGUGUGAGCGCGUAGAUUUGCUGAAGUUCGCUCUUGGGGAUAAGUACGAACUUGAUAAACAGAGAUUUGGUAAACUGUUGCAAUGGCGUGAUUUGAUGGAAAAGGAUGAUGCGGUGCAGAAAUCAUUCCUUUCAACAGAGAACCAUACAAAAUUUUUGCAGAGCAGGAAAUCUGGCGAGAAUAACUACGACAUUCUAUCGAACAACGCCAAAAAGCUGCGCGUAGGCUAAUCGAACCUAGCAACUUUAUACUCAAAAAGUGUUACUACUAAAACAUAUGCAAUUUUUAGUAAAAUAAAUGUCAUGUAGACAAUUAAGCGUGAUUGACUGAAAGUAAGUGCAAAUUUAAUUACGCUCCAUAGAAACAUCAAAUACGGCUAGAUAGAACGAUUUCGGAUACUUAGCUGCAACGUUUAGACACAAUGGUUGAUAAAUAAAAAAGUUGUAUUUAGUUUCCUCCGAUGACAAAA